UGUCAUUUCAUUUGUUGUUUACAAAUGCUUACUUUUCUUCUGACGUGUUUUUCAAUAAUUUUAUUAACAUAGAACUAUUUUAUUUACAUAUAAAUUGACUGUUGAACGAAUUUAAAUUGUAUAAAAUUUGUUAAAAAUGCUAAAAGCGGUAAUACUAAUUGGUGGACCGCAAAAAGGCACACGGUUUCGGCCUCUCUCGCUGGACACUCCCAAACCACUUUUUCCCAUUGCUGGGGUGCCCUUAAUCCAGCAUCAUAUUGAGGCGUGUGCUAAAUUAGAAGAAUGCAAGGAAAUACUAAUCAUUGGAUCAUAUACAACUGCACAUAUGGCACAAUUUGUGAGUGAUAUGCAGAAGGAAUACCCUAUUAUUAUCAGAUAUUUACAAGAGUUCACACCACUCGGUACUGGAGGAGGUCUCUAUCUCUUCAGGGAUCAAAUCCGAGCUGGCAAUCCAUCAGCAUUCUUUUUGCUGAAUGGAGAUGUUUGUGCUGAUUUUGGACUAAAAGAGUUAUGGACAUUCCAUAAUGAAAGAUCAGAUGCACUGGUAACAAUAAUGGGCACAGAGGCCACACGUCAACAGUCUGUCCACUAUGGCUGCAUGGUUUGUGACACAGUCACUAAGGCAGUCAACCAUUAUGUUGAGAAGCCCAACAGUUAUGUGUCUACACUCAUCAACUGUGGAGUCUAUGUGUGUUCCUUACAAGUAUUUCACACGAUGGCUGAUGCUUUCCAGAGGAAACAAGAUGGAUUUUAUAGUGGUACCAACGGUAACAGUAGCCCUCACCCGGGAUAUAUGUCGUGGGAGCAGGAUGUUUUGGCGCCUUUAGCUGGCACGAAGAAAUUAUAUGCGAUGCAGGUGACGAGCUGGUGGUCGCAAGUGAAAACGGCCGGUUCUGCUAUAUAUGCCAACCGCCAUUACCUGGAGUUGCACCGCGAACGGCAAGCCGUCCCCGCGCCCUGCCACAUACUGCCAGAUGUUUUCCUGCACCCUACAGCUAUUGUAGAUAGUACUGCCGUGAUAGGUCCGAACGUGUCGAUCGGUGCUGGAGUAACGAUAAAAGCGGGGGUCAGGAUCAAGGAGUCAAUAGUACUAAACCACGCCACAAUUAACGAGCACGCCUUAGUCAUGUACUCGGUUGUGGGACAAGAUGCGUCUGUGGGCGAGUGGUCGCGCGUCGAAGGCACGCCUUCCGAUCCGGAUCCAAACAAACCCUUCGCUAAGAUGGACAACACGCCACUCUUCAACUCUGAUGGGAGACUCAACCCUUCUAUCACAAUAUUAGGCGCCAGCGUCGUAGUUCCAGCAGAGACCAUCCUUCUCAACUCAAUAGUGCUACCACACAAGCAUCUCACGAGAAGUUUCAAACACGAAAUCAUAUUAUAGUGCCUACAACACGCUUACAGAGACCAAAAUGUACCAAAAUUAUUUUUAUUAUCUAUAUAGGUAUAUGUAUAAUUUUGAGUAACAGGAAUUUUGAUGAAUUUAUUAUAUUUGACGUUUCCAAUAUUUGUUUGGAAUUCAUUCGGAAGUCUUCUUCAGGGAGAGUACGGUUUUUACGUCAGAAUAUUUCGCCUCCUCCCAUUACUAGAAAUAUAAGAUUUAAAAAUAAAAAUGACUGUAUAUGUAAUUAAAGCGUUUACAAUAUAAGAUAAACCUAUAAAUGUACAGAUAUGGUUUUAUAUAGAUGUCGCAAGAAUACAUCAAGUAGGCUCAGAGCAAUCUGUUUGAGUUCUAAUUUAAUUUUGAUUUUUCUAAUUAAUAUUCCUAAAUGAAAUAUCUAAAAUACACACUAAUUUCAAAAGAGUUUUGAAAUAUGAUUGGUUGGUUUGAUUGAUGAUUGGAUGAUUGAAAUACGGAUUGGUUUUAAGGAAAAUGGAAUUGCUUACAAAAUAUGUCAAGUAUUAAAAAUGGAUUGUUAGACUAAAUUAUCAGUAAAUCGGAAUAUUUUUCCUCAAAGAAAUUUUGGUUUCGAGUCUCAAAAUUAUAAUUCCUUGGUUAGAAGAUGACUAAGAUUUUGAGUCUUGCAUACUAACUUACUUAGUAAUUAUACGGACCAUGUUUUUUUUU